AACAGCCACCUUAAAUGCUUUAGGCACAUGUCCUAAUGUCAGAGAUGAGUUAAUAAUACUAAGAAGAGGAUCUAUAAUUUCGGGGAGCAUUUCUUUCAGUAGUUUUGUAGGUAUAGGGUCUAGCAUGCAUGUUGAUGAUUUAGAUGAUUUAAUGAUUUUAGACAGUUCAUCGUGAUCUACUGUAGAAAAUAAUUGCAAUUUCUCCUUAGGGGUGCUGUAGUUAGUUUGUUCAGCGGAUUUCACUACAGGUUGCAUUGUUAUAAUUUUUUCUCUUAUAUCUUGGAUUUUACUUGUGAAGUAGUUCAUAAAUUCAUCACUGUUAUGCUGAUAAUCAGAAUCUGACGUCGAUGACGACUUAUUUUUUGUUAAUUUAGCCACGGUGUUAAAUAAGAACCUAGGGUUGUGAUGGUUUUCCUCUAUUAGUGUUGAAAAGUAGGCGGAUCUAGACGUUUUUAUUGCAUUCCUGUAAUUUCGAGUACUAUCCUUCCAUGCUAUACGAAAUACCUCUAAAUUCGUUUUCUUAAAGUUGCGCUCCAUUUUACGGGAUGCUUUUUUUAGAGUCUGAGUGUGUUCAUUAUACCACGGUGUUGGGCUGCUAUUUUUAAUUUUCUUUAAACGCAGAGGAGCAACUGUGUCUAAUAUUUCCGAGAAAGUAGAGUUAAAAUUUUCAAUAGUAGUGUCAAAAUCGUCAACGUUAUUACUCAUGCUGGAUAUUUUAGACAAUUCAGGCAGAUUAUCGAGAAACGCAUCUUUGGUAGUUGAAGUAAUCGUUCUACCAUAUUUGUAACAAGGAGUUUGAUUUGCAGCCGUAGGCCAUUGAAGCAAACAUAAUAUCAGAUAAUGAUCCGAAAUAUCUUCACUCUGCUGAACGAUUUUAACAUCGUCCACAUUUAUACCAUAAGAAAGUAUUAAAUCUAAAGUAUGAUUACGAAGGUGAGUGGGUCCUGACACAUGUUGACUAACGCCCAUGGAGUUAAGAGUGUCUUUGAAAGCCAGUCCCAAGGCAUCUGUAUCAUUGUCUACAUGGAUAUUAAAGUCACCGACGACAAGGACUCUAUCUGCGGCCAGUACUAGUUCUGAUAAGAACCCACCAAAAUCUUUAAUAAAAUCUGUGUGGUGCCCUGGAGGCCUAUAUACAAUAGCUAGAAUAAAUUUUAAAAAUGUUUUGUCCUUAGUAUUAGGUGUCGAUACGUGAAGUACCAUGACUUCGAAAGAACUGUACUUAAAAUUAGACUUCUGAGAGGUAAUAAAAGAAUUCUUGUAAAGUGCAGCGACACCUCCCCCUCUACAUUUUAGACGAGGCUCGUGUUUAUAGUAAUAAUCAUGGGGAACGGAUUCAUUUAGAGUAAUAAAAUCAUCUGGCUUUAGCCAUGUUUCUGUCAAACAAAGCAUGUCUAUUUUAUGAUCGGUUAUCAAAUCGUUAACAAAAAGUGCUUUAUUUGAGAGAGAUCUAAUAUUAAGCAAUCCGAGUCGUAACAGCUGAUUAUCUGUAUUUUGUUCAUGUUUGAUUUGUUUAACGUUUAUUAAAUUACUUUCAAGAGGUUUACGCAAUAUCUUAUGUUUGCUAAUCCGGGGGACAGACACAGUCUCUAUUUUAUGUUGUUUGUAAGAAGGGAUUAUUACAUGUUGUAUAUUUUGUGUAUUCUGUAACGCGAGACGGCAAGCAGACAGUUGGUUAAGCCAUUCUGUCUCCUUCCUGACCUGGGCCCUAGGUAGUCAGACUUUAGCAUUAUUAAGACUGUGUGCCAAAUUUCUAGAGAGGAGGGAAACCCCAUCCCAGGAGGGAUGGAGACCAUCUCGUUUCAACAGGUCAGGUCUGCCCUCAAAACUCUUCCAGUUAUUUAUAAAAUCUAUAUUAUUCUGCAGGCACCACUCAGACAACCAGCCAUUUAGUGAUGAUAAUCUGCUAUAAAUCUCAUCACCACGGUAAGCAGUAAGGGGGCCAGAGAAUAUUACAGUGUCUGACAUCGUUUUUGCGAGCUCACACACCUCUUUAAUAUUAUCUUUAGUGAUCUCCGAUUGACGGAGUCUAACAUCAUUUGUGCCGACAUGAAUAACAAUCUUACUGUAUUUACGAUUAGCCUUAGCCAGCACAUUUAAGUUUGACUUGAUGUCAGGCGCUCUGGCUCCCGGUAAACAUUUGACUAUUGUGGCUGGUGUCUCUAUGUUAACGUUCCGGACAAUAGAAUCACCGAUCACUAGGGCACUUUCAGCAGGUUUCUCAGUCGGUGCGUCACUGAGCGGGGCAAACCUGUUCGAGACUUUAAUCGGAACGGUUGAGUGAUGUUUUGUCCUGCGACUAUGCCGUCUCACCGUCACAAAGUUUCCCAGCUGCAGGGGAUUUUCAACCGGAACCGAGCUGUGUGCGCUAACAUUGCUCGCAUCCGAAGUGUUUUCUACGGUUCUUACACUCUUACUAUCCUCAAAUAAAGAUUGGAUGCGAGACUCUAAUUCUAAAAUCUUCUCCGUCAGCCUAACUACUUCCCUGCAUUUAUCACAUGUAAAACCCUCGCCGCUGACAGAGAAGGCUAAACUAAACAUAUGACAUGAGGUGCAAGUAACAACAAUAGGAAUAGAAGCCAUAACUCACCGGGUAUGAAGUGCAAUCCUAACUUACCAAGGUUGCUUGAUGAGUCUUAGUAUAUACGCUUAAAAAGAGAAACAGUUAGCACACAAGACAAAUAGGGGGAGAUGAUAUUCCACAAUGUAAACAGAAGGCAAGCUAACACGCUAAUAUGCUAGCGGCGUUACGUUUCAAUGAAUAUAGGUUUAAAAUAUAAAGUUAUAAAUAAUUCGGCAACGACAGUGAUAUGUAACGAUAGUAAAAUACACUAAUAAUAAGACCAAGAACAAAUGUGAGGUGAAGCAAGUGUCAGAGGAUACAAACUAGCCGCCGGCAGCGAUGCAAUCAGGAACCGGAAACCGUGCCGACAACGUGAGAAAACAGAGCUCACUCAUUUUAGAGAUCUGAACGCUGGACAUGCUGGAACAUACUGGUGUGGAGUGAAAACAUCUCAAUAUACUGACACAUUCACUCAAGUCCAGCUAGAUAUUAAAGACGAUUUAGUUCUGUCUCAUUGGUGGGUGAAUAAAUCUGUUUCUGUUGGUGAUGAAGUCAAUAUUACCUGUCUGAUCCCAGAGGAACAUAAAUCCAGUCCAAAGUUCUUCUGUAAAGAGGAUGAAAAACACAUCUGUCAAACCGUCAACAGAUCUAAAGUGAAACUAAAUGAUUUCUCUGAUAAAAGUGUUUUUACUGUGAUCAUCAGUGAUGUGACAGAGAGAGAUGCUGGAGUUUACUGGUGUGGAGCAGAAACCAGUCACACAGAUUUCACUUUCAUCUCUCUCACCACUAAAGUUUAACUCAAACUCAUCAGUAAAGUGGGUGUGGUCAAAGUGACCGGCUACUUAGGAGGUCAAAUCAACUUCAAAUGUUAUCACCAUCAACACAAAAGCCAUCCCAAAUAUAUCAUUAAAGAAUCUGAUGGAUUGCUACAAGAUAAAUGGAUGGACAGUGGAGAUGUUUGUCUGUAUGAUGACACCAGUGCAGGAGUCUUGAUGGUGUAUUUUAGAGAGCUAAACGCUGGACAUGCUGGAACAUACAGGUGUGGAGUGAAUACAUCUCACUACAUGGAAGUCCAACUGAAGGUUCAAGCAGCUUUUACAGAGAGAGUGAAUAAAUCUGUGGUUGUUGGUGAUGAAGUCAAUAUUACCUGUCGGAUCCCAGAGGAACAUAAAUCCAGUCCAAAGUUCUUCUGUAAAGAGGAUGAAAAUCACAUCUGUCAAACCGUCAGCAGAUCUAAAGUGAAACUAAAUGAUUUCUCUGAUAAAAGUCUUUUUACUGUGAUCAUCAGUGAUGUGACAGAGAGAGAUGCUGGAGUUUACUGGUGUGGAGCAGAAACCAGUCACACAGAUUUCACUUUCAUCUCUCUCACCACUAAAGUUCAACUCAAACUCAUCAUGCCUCCCGUGCUUGGAGAUGAAGGAGGAUCUGCUCAGAUCGUGUGUCCUUAUGAUCCCAUCUUUAAUUCAAAGAAAAAAAAACUGAUGAAGAGUUGUACAGAUGAAAAUACUCUCAUGGAGAUGAACAGAUGGAGUGUGAAUGAUGACACGACAGCAAGUGUGUUUAGUGUGAACAUCACUGGACUGACAGCAGAGGAUGCUGGGAAAUACUGCUGUGCAGUGACAUUAGAAACAGACGUGAUCUAUCUUUACACUCAUCUCAUUAUUAUCAUCAAACAGGAACUUCUCUUGAAUAAGAGUGAAGGAGACAACAUGUCAAUGGAGUGCAAACAUCACGCUGAAUAUCAGAAAGUCUUCUGUAAAGCACAUGAAGUCUCAAUGUGUGUCAAUGAUGGAGUUUCAUUACAGUCAAUCAGAGAUGAUGGAUUCUCUUUAAGUGAUGAAACAUCUACUGGAGUCUUUACUGUAAACAUCAGUCAUCUGAGAGAAGAGCAUUCUGGGAUAUACUGGUGUGGAUCUCACAUCAUCACUAAAGUGCAUUUGAACGUCAUGAGAGAAUCCUCAGUGAUGAAGAAGAUCGUCUUCAUUGUGUGUGUUUGUGUGAUUCUGCUGCUGAUUGGAGGAAUCACUUUGAUAGAUUUUAAAAUUAAAUGCAACAAAACACCAGAUCCUAAAUCGUUACCCACAAUCCCCUCUUCUGAUGAUGAUAUGCUGUACACUGCAGUCAGUUUCCACAAGUAUGAAGAUUCUGUCAGUGAUGCUACAGUCACCUUCAGUAAGGACGAGAUUUUAACAGAAUACACCACUGUCAUAUACAACAUGAGACUUGAAUAACACAAACAUUAUUCAAAAUUAUUUUCACCUUUCCCACUGAAAAUAUAAACAAGUCACAUUGUCUUUUAUAUAUUCUUUUAAAUAUCAUUACAUUGGCACAGAACUGUUACAACUCUUUUGUUUUUCUAAGAUAUGAAUAACUUUUUUGCUCCUGAAAACCAGGAGCUGUUUGAAAUACAACUUCAGUUGUUAAUACGUUUAUUUUCAUGCCUUUACAUUUACAAAUGCAUUUUUUCUGUUCAAAUCUCAUUAUAUUACAUCAUAUCUCAUACUGUUUUAAUUAAAAUCACCUAAAAAGAA